GUGGUGCAGGCGAUUUUUGAAGACCGGUGCAACCAAAAAGGAUUCGCACUGUACCCGAGCAUAAAGAUACGCAACAACAAGAGGAUUUAUACACGCCCCCAACAUUGCAACUGGUGGCUCGAAGCCCAGAAGGCACUGCGUAUCAAGGAAGAGGUCAUUGCUGCGCUCAUAGUGUACUCGGACGUCACUCAACUAAGCAAAAACGACACACAGAAGGUCUGGCCCGUUGUCCUCUCACUCGGGAAUAUUGCUGUUGAACAUCGCUGGAAAACGAGUGCGAAGCAGAUGGUGGCAAUGCUGCCCCUGCCUCAUUCGAAAUGGAAAGGCAACGUCAAGACAGAGCUGUUCUUGAAGUGCAUGCAGAUCGUCCUCCAGCCACUCAUCGAUGCCAGCAACAG